AUGCUCUGUACGCGAGACCGAGGUAGAGAACCUUCAGAACAAAUCCGAGAGAGUGAAAACAGCAGCAAUCGCACAGAGACACCUCAGAACCAACAUGCCAACGAAGAUGCAAACGAAAAGGAGGAAGGGAAGAGAAGGUCCCGGCGGAGCUGUGCACUCGCGUGGCACUCUCACGCGUGUUUAUGGACGCCAGUCCAGAGGCUGGUGGAGAUGUUUAGAACAGGUAGAUGGAGGAACGAGAAGAACAGGAUCAAAGUCGUCUUCAGGCUAAAGUUUCAUGCUACUCAGGCUGCUGAGUUCAAUACAGAGGGAUUGAUUCUGUCCCUAGUUCCCGGAGAUGUUGGGAAACCGACGGCGAGGUCAGAGAAAGCUGUGGUUAAAGACGGGCAAUGCCGGUGGGAGAUUCCGGUUUACGAGACUGUGAAGUUUCUGAAAGAUGCGAAAACCGGCAAGGUUAACCAGAGGAUUUACCAUCUCAUUGUCUCAACUACGGGAUCUACUACAAGAGGUGGUUUGGUUGGAGAAACAUCAAUUGAUUUUGGUGAUUAUGCUGACGUAACUAAAACUUGUAACGUUUGUCUUCCACUACACAACACAACUUCAAAAGCAUUGUUGCAUGUAUCAAUACAAAGGCAAUUAGAAUUUGAUGAUCCUCAAAGAGAGGAGGAUGAAGGCGAAAAUCUUGAGAAAAUGCCACAUGGUCAAGAUUUGAAGUCACAUUUGAGCCUCGGUGAUACUGAUGAACCUCAUACAAGCCAUCCCCAUGAGGAAGGGCCAUUUGGUAAAGCUGCACGGUUUGCUGAGCUGAGAAGAAGAGCAUCAACUGAAUCUGAUAGUACAGUGUCAAGCUCUGGAAGUGUCAUUGAGCCAACUACACCUGAAGAAGUUGCCAAGUCUUUGAGACACCCUCCUAAGCAACUUCAUUCAUCUAAAAGCUUAUUCAAAGAGCCUCCUAUAUCAGAAUCCGAGUGGUCCGGAAGUUCUGAUCAUGGAAUCACCACUGAUGACUCCACCAAUGAUAGUUCCAAUGAAACAAUGGCGAGAAACUCCUCUGAGGAUGGGGAUGAGAUGGAGAAGCUUAAGAACGAGGUUACUUGUUUGACAAGGCAAGCAGAUCUUUCUGACCUAGAGUUGCAAAGCCUGAGGAAACAAAUCGUUAAAGAGACCAAAAGAAGUCAAGAUCUCCUGAAAGAAGUGAAUAGCUUGAAGCAGGAGAGAGAUUCUUUGAAGGAAGAUUGUGAGAGACAUAAAGUCUCUGACAAGGCUAAAACGAGGAACAGGUUGCAGUUUGAAGGAAGGGAUCCAUGGGCUCUCUUGGAGGAAGCCAGAGAGGAACUUGAUUAUGAGAAGGAUCGUAACUUCAAUCUCCGGUUACAGCUCCAGAAGACUCAGGAAUCUAACUCUGAGUUGAUUCUUGCUGUUCAAGAUCUUGAAGCAAUGCUUGAGGAAAGGAGCAAAGAAGAAGCUAGACCAAGAACCUGUAGGAGUGAGACAGAUGAAGAUGAGGAUCAAAAGGCUCUUGAAGACCUUGUGAAGGGGCACAUGGAUGGGAACAACAUACAAGUCUUGGAGCAGAAGAUCACAGACCUCUACAAUGAGAUUGAGGUUUGUAAACGAGAUAAAGAGGAGCUUGAGAUACAGAUGGAACAGCUUGCUUUGGACUAUGAGAUACUUAAACAAGAGAAUCAUGAUACCUCAUACAACCUAGAGCAGAGCCAACUUCAAGAACAGUUGAAGAUGCAAUACGAAUGUUCAUCUUCUCUUGUGAAUGUGACAGAGCUUGAGAACCAAGUGGAGAGCCUUGAAGCUGAGCUCAAGAAACAAUCUGAAGAGUCUUCCGAGUCUUUGUCCCGGGUUAAAGAACUUGAAACACAAAUGGAGAUCUUGGAGGAAGAGAUGGAGAAACAGGCUCAGGCCUUUGAGGCAGAUAUUGAUGCUGUCACAAGAAGUAAAGUGGAGCAAGAGCAAAGAGCUAUCCAAGCUGAAGAAGCCCUGAGGAAGACAAGGUGGAGAAACGCUAGCGUAGCUGAGAAGCUACAAGAUGAGUUCAAGAGACUCUCUGAGCAGAUGGGUUCAAUGUUUGCAUCAAAUGAGAAAGUUGCUACGAAAGCAAUGUCAGAAGCUAACGAGUUAAGGAUGCAGAAACGUCAGCUAGAAGAAAUGCUCAAGGAGGCUAACGAUGAGCUCAGAGAGAACCAAGAUGAGUAUGAGGCAAAGCUACACGAGCUUUCUGAAAAGAUGAGUCAGAUGGAGAGAAUGUCAGAGAAUCAGAAGAGACAUGAAGAAGAUGUUACUUCAAAUUUAAACCAAGAGAUCGAUGUCUUGAAGGAGGAGAUUGAGAAUCUGAAGAAGAACAAAAGUAGCCUCAUGUUACAGGAAGAGAACCUAAGAGCUGAGCUGGAAGAGACGAGGAAAUCAUUUAUGGAAGCUGAAGCUUCACUAACAAACAAAAGUGAGCUAGAGAUGAGGAUUGAAUCAAUGAGGAAGGAGUCAGAGUCUCUAGCAAAAGAGUUGCAAGCCUUAAAGCUAAUCAAGGAAGAAAAAGAAGCAGCAAUUGCACAGUUACAGACAGAGCUAGAAACCGUAACAGCCAAGUUUGAUGAUCUAAAGCAUUCUUUAUCAGAGAAUGAUGUAGAGAUGGAGAAGUACAAGAAGCAAGUGGUACAAGUAAAAGCUGAGCUGAAGAAGAAAGAAGAAGCAAUAGCUAACCUUGAGAAGAAGCUGAAAGAAAGCAGAAUCGCAUUUAACAACCUAACGAAAACCGCGCAAAGAAACAACAAAGGAAGUCCACUAGGAGCUAAAGAAGUUGCUGUAAUGAAAGAUAAAAUAAAACUUCUCGAGGGGCAAAUAAAACUGAAGGAAACAGCUCUUGAAGCUUCAACAAACAUGUUCACGGAAAAGGAGAAGAAUCUGAAGAACAGAAUCGAGGAACUGGAAACUAGUCUCAGUCAGAUCAGUGACAAUGAGGCUCCUCUACAUGUUCAAGAAAAAGAAGAAGUCCGAGUUCUUGAAGCAGAGAUGGCGUCUUUGAGAGAAUGUAAUGAGACGAUGGAGAUGGAGCUGAAGGAGAUUCAAGGGCGAUACUCUGAGUUAAGUUUGAGAUUUGCAGAAGUGGAAGGUGAGAGACAACAGCUUGUUAUGACAGUGCGUAAUCUCAAAAACGCCAAGAGGAGCUAAACCGGUAAAUAAUCACAAGCCGGUUAUCAGAUUAAAAAAAGAGGAAGAUACAUAAACAGUAUAUGUAAUCUAUCACUUUGUUUCUUGUUUAUGUAAUUACUUUGUUUAUGUGUUUCUAAGUGAUUUGCAUUAAGUUUCAGUUUUCUAGUCGUUUUGGUUACUUGACGAUACAAACAUUGCCAACGGCCAAAAAAAGUAUACAGAAUAGUCGGACC